AGGAGAGGGAAGCGGGACCCCAGGCCCGCGCACCCCCGCGGACGCGCACGUGGGUCGGCCCGGUUCCUUCCGGCCGGGAUGGAUGGUCGCGGCCUGAGGCUGUGGGUACCCGGGGAAGCCCGCGGGCGACAAAGGGCGGGAGGCCGAGCUUUCAGCCGCAGCCGCGUUCCUUCAGGCGACUCCACUCUAGCUGCGCGGCAGGGAGAAGCGCGGCGCUCGGACCGGAAGCCGCUGUUCCGCGGGACGGCCACCCCUCCGCGCGGCCGUGAGUGGGCGGGUCCAGAUCCGGCGAGCAACCGUCGCGGCUUCCGGUUCCGAUGACAGACGCGCCGGAAGUCAAGGUCCCAGCUGCGGGGACCAGAUUGUAGCAUGAAGACAUCAGCUUAAGGAGAGAGGGCAGAAACACAUCUCAGGUCCUGGGUUGCCAUUUCCCCAUCGUUCAUCCCUCAUCUGGCAGAGGUCACCAUGGAGCAGUGUGCGAGUGUGGAAAGGGAGGUGGACAAGGUCCUGCAGAAGUUCCUGACCUAUGGGCAGCACUGCGAGCAGAGCCUGGAGGAGCUCCUACACUAUGUGGGCCAGCUGCGGGCUGAGCUGGCCAGCGCAGCUCUCCAGGGAACCCCUCUGUCAGCCACCCUCUCGCUGGUGAUGUCACAGUGCUGCCGGAAGAUCAAAGACACUGUGCAGAAGCUGGCUUUGGACCAUAAGGACAUUCACAGCAGCGUCUCCCGAGUGGGCAAAGCCAUCGACAGGAACUUUGACUCAGAGAUUUGCGGUGUGGUCUCCGACGCGGUGUGGGACUCGAGGGAGAAGCAGCAGCAGAUCCUGCAGACAGCCAUCGUGGAGCACCUGUACCAGCAAGGCAUGCUCAGCGUUGCCGAGGAGCUGUGCCAGGAAUCAACACUGAACGUGGACUUGGACUUUAAGCAGCCUUUCCUUGAGUUGAAUCGAAUCCUGGAAGCUCUGCACGAACAAGACCUAGGGCCGGCAUUGGAAUGGGCCGUCUCCCACAGGCAGCGCCUGCUCGAGCUCAACAGCUCCCUGGAGUUCAAGCUGCACCGCCUACACUUUAUCCGCCUCCUGGCAGGCGGCCCUGAGAAGCAGCUCGAGGCCCUCAGCUAUGCCCGGCACUUUCAGCCAUUUGCUCGGCUGCACCAGCGAGAGAUCCAGGUGAUGAUGGGCAGCCUGGUGUACCUGCGGCUGGGCUUGGAGAAGUCGCCCUACUGCCACCUCCUGGACAACAGCCAUUGGGCAGAGAUCUGCGAGACCUUUACCAGGGAUGCUUGUUCCCUGCUGGGGCUGUCGGUGGAGUCACCCCUCAGUGUCAGCUUUGCCUCUGGCUGUGUGGCGCUGCCUGUGCUGAUGAACAUCAAGGCUGUGAUUGAGCAGAGGCAGUGCACGGGGGUCUGGAGUCACAAGGAUGAGCUACCGAUUGAGAUCGAACUCGGCAUGAAGUGCUGGUACCACUCAGUGUUCGCCUGCCCUAUCCUCCGGCAGCAGACCUCCGAUUCCAACCCUCCCAUCAAGCUCAUCUGUGGCCACGUGAUCUCCCGGGACGCCCUCAACAAGCUCAUUAAUGGAGGAAAGCUGAAGUGUCCCUACUGUCCCAUGGAGCAGAACCCAGCAGAUGGCAAACGCAUCAUAUUCUGAUACCUGCCUUGAAGGAACUUUGUCGGAGGGGUUUUCCACCCACGAGCCUUGCUCUGUCUCCUUGGGGGUGGUUGGCUUCAGUAGACUGUGGUUCAUUUCAGAACAAAUGCUGAGCACCACCAUGGACAGAGGCCAAGAAGGGAGAGGAGCCCAUCUGUGCCGGGCAGCUGGCUCCUUGGCUGGAAGGGUAGGGACACAGGCCUCUGUCCUCCUGCGGCUGCCCUGUUUCUGUAUGCCAGUGACUUCGUAGCAGUCAACAGCAGCAAAGCACUUGGCCAGCUAUGCAGACGUCUUUUUGACCCUGCCCCAGCCAGGUCGCUUCCAGUCCUGCCAGCACCUGGCGCCUGAGCCGUGGUUCUUCUUCAUGACUGUAUGUAUCCAUUCCCCACUGUAAAUAGUCUGGGUUCAAACCCACUGCCCUGGUUUUAUAAGUGAGCAAAUAUAUUCACAGGCCUUCUCCUUA